UCCUCUCUGGUUAUCUCGCUGCAAUCAUUCCUUUUCGCAUUAUAAUCGCUCAUACGACACACCACAUUCUUCGCUAUUAUGUCCCAGCAUUUACCACGUUUUUUGGGGUCAGAAAUCGUGAACGCAACAUAAUUACAGUAGACAACCAACUUCGGAUUCUUUCUCAGGUGAAGGCGGGUAACUGUCACUGGAUCCUUUGUUUGUUGCAAUCGACGUCGUUCUGUCACCUGACUGUCGCUUUUUGCUCCAUCGCUGUUUCGAUUUCUCCGCCGUCUACUUCGGCCAUCCGCCGCAGAAUAUUAGGUUUAAAUGGAGACUUCGAAUGGUUAUUCCACGAAUUAUCAAUAUUCAGCCUCGUUUGCGGCUUCUCGGCGAGAUGUCACUUACAGCUGUGGUUCUUGCGGAUAUGAUCUAAACCUGAGUUCAUCCAGUCGGAAUACAUCAACCAUUGGUUCAAAAUAUGGUAAAUCUAUAAAGAAAGGGAUCAUUUCUUUUUUCUCCAUUGAUGAGAGCAGAUUCAACCAGGUGGAAGAGUUCAAAUGUGUGCCCUACUUUAUUUCCAAGCAUUCCUGGGGUUUGUUCCGCCGAAGAACCAAGCUUCUGUGCCGGAAGUGUGGGAACCAUGUUGGUAUCGCAUAUGAUGAUAAUAGUGCUUCGUCAUACCAUCUUAUAACAAAUGGGACUGGUUCACCCUCUGGCAGUGAAAUCUCCAAUAAGAGAAAGUAUGAUAUCAGGAUUCGCUCCUUGCAACCUUCUUCAGCUGGUUUUGGUACUCCUCUUGUCUCAUGAUGGUUUUGAGAAGCAUCCCUACCAUAUAUGUCUCAUGUUGAGUACAAAGUAAUAUUUCAGCUGGUGCUUUAUGUGGUGAAGAAGUCAUGUUGGCAGCAUGCAAUCCUUCAUAUUUUGUUCAGCAUAAGUAGUGGGUAAUAGAUUUGCUUGAAUGGUUGUAAAUAACUUCUGUUUCCUUGGUCCCUAUUGUUGUCCGGUUUAAUAAGAUACUACCUCUGUAUAGGAGAAUUGUGAAUGAAGUUUCAUACGUACUGAUGGGGUUGAAUGGAUGAAACAGCCGACAUGUUUCGAAAACUAUGAAACCUCCACAUGGGCAAAUGUGGGAAUUAUGUUGGUGGUUGGAAUGCAGUAAUGUGAUAAUUGUAUAUUUAUCCGUA